AUGGAUGAUUCCAUGGAACACCUUCCUCUCAAUGCGACGGCGUCUUGGAAAUUCCCCAGGACCGACAGUGCCCACACCCUGAUACCUCUUUCGACGAUCCCCACAGCGGUCGAUCACAAUGGCCAUGGCCAUGACCACGAUCACGAUCACGAUGCCACAGAGACCGACUUGACCAACGCUGCGGCUCGAUGGCUGAAGCGCUCGGAACCCACCUAUAGACCCAUCUCGGAGCGACGUCUCAGGUUCGAGAGUCGACGUCCGACAUGGCUUCGGGAAUGCAUCGCUGAAGCGAUUGGUGUCUUCAUCUUUGUUCUCUGCGGCAUCUCCUCUAUCACCAGCUUCACCCUCCACCAAUCCGACGACCUCGGCGUCACUGCCUUCGGAUCCAUCUUCCAGAUCGGAUGGGCGUUUGCUGUCGGUGUCGCCAUUGCCGUCAUCACCUGCGGUCCCACCUCGGGCGGCCACUUUAACCCGGCCAUCACCCUCGCCAUGGCUUUUUGGCAGGAUUUCCCCUGGCGCAAGGUUCCCUACUACAUCUUCUCGCAGAUCCUCGGUGGCUUUACCGCCGCCCUCCUUGUCGUCUGCAUGUAUUACACCAAAUUUCAGCACAUCACCGACGAACUGAUAGCCGCCGGCAAGCCCCUCGUCGGCGGUGGUUCGCCAGCAUCUUGUCUCGCGCCCAUGCCCCACGAUGAUCAGACCCUUGGCUAUGUCUUUGCCGCAGAGUUCUUCUCGGACGCCUUCAUUGGCCUUGCCAUCUGGGCCGCCCUCGACCCCGCAAACCCCUUCAUCCAGCCGGCCGGCCUGCCCUUCGUCAUCGGAAUUGCCUACGCCAGCAUGAUCUGGGGCUUCGGCAGCCUGACCCUCAGCACGAACCUCGCGAGGGAUCUCGGUCCACGCAUGGUCGCAGCCAUCUUCUGGGGACGCGAGGCCUUCACAGACCACGCGUACGCACCCAUUGGCAUGCUCGUCAAUGUGCCCGCCACGCUGCUUGCCACAGCCGUGUACGAGCUAUGCAUGCGCGACAGCUUUGCCAUUAUUGCGAAGGGACAUGCACGCCACCGUGACGGUGACGAGGGGCUGUAUCGCCAUAUGAGUCGGUGCGGCAUGUUAGAUGAGGAGAGGGGGUAUUUGCAGCACGUCACUACCCAUAGGGAUUAA